UGAAAGAAACAGAGAGAGAGAGAGAGAGAGAGAGAGUAAUGGUUGGGUAUUUAUAAAGGGCUCUGUAAUUCCAAACCCAGAAAUCUCCCCCCUCUCUUUCUCUUUGAUCGUCGCUCUCCGAUCAGUUUAAUUUUCGUCGGGGAAUUGUUUCUUGGAGGAAGAAUUUUUUUCUCCUCAACUGAGGGAAUUCAGUGAAUUUUACGGGGGCGAGAUGGAAGCGGGCAUGAGAUCAGCUGGUCCUUCCGGGGUUGUGGUGAAGAGCAGGAACUCCUCGGGAUGUUUAAUUGUUAGAAAGAAGGGUGAUGGGUUGGGUGGUGGAUAUCGUUCUUCAAGCAGCUCUCGGAAGUUGUACGAAUCAAAUGUUAGAAAACGGCCUAGUAUGGCUCUGAGUGAUUCAGAAUCAAGCGAUGAGUUGCUGGUGCCACCAACUGGAAGGAUUGGUCCUGAGACUUUUCGAGCCUUUAAUGGAUUGACUGCUUCAGAGCGUGGUAUAGUGGAAGGCAAUGAAAUUGGUAGAAACAGGGACAGAAUGAUGCAAAUCAGGCAUAAUGAGGAUGCUAUGAUUGAGAGGAAUGGUUUGGGGCAGAGGGAAAGAAAGAAAACUAAAAUAGAAGCGUUUGAUUUUGAUGAACAUGACGGUAUGGGCGUGGAAAAGAUGAAAAGGAGGGUUUUUUAUGACAAUGAUGGAGUUGGUUUUGGGGGACGAAGGCUUAUGGGACCAAUGCAUGCCACAAAAAGUGGCUUUGAGAGUAAAUUUGAAACAGGAUCUAGCAGACACAAUCUUGGUAACAGAAACAACUCCUACUAUGAUGGGCAAAGUGGAUUGUGUGUGGGAGAUAAUGUUGACUCCAGCAGGUUCCAUGUGAAUAGGGAUGAUGCUCACCUACGUCUACCCUUGCUGAGAGACAAGUUUAAAUCAAACGAAACCAUCAGGGUUCAGGGGAAAAAUGGUGUUCUAAAGGUUAUGAUUAAUAGGAAUAAGGUGGGUGGCCCAUCAGACUACUAUAAUCACAUCAAACCUAUAGAAGACAGACAGCAGAAUCUGCAGAUUGAGGCCCCUAUGCAGCGGAAAAUUCCAGUCCAUUCAUCAUACUCAGAAACAAAAGUCAUUGAGAAGCCAGGUUUAGUUGUUAGGCCUGAGAAAAAACGGAUGGCAUCAAGAAAAUUUUUGUCAGUUAAGGACAGCAAGGGAUGUGAUUCGGACACUGAGGACACUGACAGACCAUUGAAUCCAGCACUAGAAAAUACUAAACCCUUCAAGUCUGUGAAGAGAACAGGUUCUGAGGAUGAAAAGACUCCUUUACGUGAGAAGGUCCCAACUACAAUAAUGAAAGAAGGAAAAGAAGGAAAAGUAAGGCGUGGGAGUGGUACAGAAAAACAGAAGCUUCGAGAAAAAAUAAGGGAGAUGCUGCUGAGUGCAGGUUGGACUAUAGAUUAUCGGCCUCGAAGGAACAGAGACUAUCUAGAUGCAGUCUACAUCAAUCCAGGGGGUACAGCCUACUGGUCAAUAAUCAAAGCAUAUGAUGCUCUUCAAAAGCAAUUGAAUGGUGAUGAUAAUGAGGCCAAGCCCGUGGUUGAUGGUUCUUCCUUUGCUCAUAUCUCAAACGAAGUGCUGAGUCAAUUGACAAGGAAAACUCGGAAAAAGAUGGAAAAAGAAUUGAAGAAGAAGCAAAGAGAUGGUAGUGAGAGUGAUAGUGAAAUGGAACCCAACCUUAAAAGAUCUGCCAACUUCAGGCAUGAUAUGCAUAGCAUGGAUAGUGAUAGCAAUGGAGAGAAAUUAAGCUCUUUUAUGAAGCGGGGAAGUAAUUCAAUGAAAAAUAAGACAUUUGAAAAUGCUGCCUGUGUUAGUUUUAAAUCCCAGAAAUCAACCCCUCAUUUACAUGAUGGAACUGAAAAUUCUUUGUCUGGAUGUGAUCCUCAUCAGCCACAUGGGAGGAAAAGUAGAAAACAUGGAAGAUGUACUUUGUUAAUCCGUGGUUCUAAUAAGGGUGCGAAUUCAGAAUCUGAUGGCUUUGUUCCAUAUACAGGCAAAAGAACGGUGCUUUCCUGGUUGAUUGACUCUGGGACUGUUCAGUUGAGCCAAAAGGUUCAGUACCGCAAACGAAAGCGAGUAAUGCUGGAGGGAUGGAUCACAAGAGAUGGCAUUCAUUGUGGAUGUUGCAGCAAAAUCCUUACAGUUUACAAGUUUGAGAUUCAUGCAGGUAGCAAAUUGCGCCAGCCAUUUCAAAACAUAUAUUUGGACUCAGGAGUGUCACUUCUACAGUGCCAAAUAGAUGCGUGGUGGAGACAGGAGAAUUCAGAGAAAAUUAGUUUUCAUUCAGUUGAUGUUGAUGGCAAUGAUCCAAACGAUGACACUUGCGGUAUUUGUGGAGAUGGAGGGGAUUUAAUCUGUUGUGAUGGUUGCCCAUCAACAUUUCAUCAAAGCUGCUUGAAUAUACGGAUGCUUCCUCUUGGUGAGUGGCAUUGUCCAAAGUGCACCUGCAAAUUUUGUGGAACAGCCAAUGGGAUUGUUAAAAAUGGAGAUGGUGCUACUAGAUAUGCUCUUGUCACUUGCAACUUAUGUGAGAGGAAAUACCAUGAAUCUUGCGCUAAGGACAUGGAUGCUGUUUCUAUCAACCCCAAUGCCAAUACGCCAGGCUUUUGUUUUUGUGGAAAAGAGUGCAAAGAGCUUUUUGAGCACUUGAAGAAGUACCUAGGUUCCAAGCAUGAGCUAGAGGCAGGCUUUUCAUGGUCUCUUAUUCAUAGGGCAGAUGAAGACUCAGAGGCUGCUGGUAGAGGAAUUUUUCAAAGGGCGGAAUGCAACUCCAAGCUAGCAGUUGCAUUGACUGUGAUGGAUGAGUGCUUUUUACCCAUUGUUGACCGGAGGAGUGGCAUCAAUGUAAUUCAUAACGUUCUAUAUAAUAGUGGAUCAAACUUUAGUAGGUUGAAUUAUAGUGGCUUUUACACGGCUAUUCUGGAGAGGGGCGAUGAAAUAAUUUCUGCAGCAUCUAUCAGGUUCCAUGGGGUUAAGUUGGUGGAGAUGCCAUUUAUUGGAACUCGCCAUAUAUAUAGGCGUCAAGGGAUGUGCCACCGGCUUUUUUCUGCCAUUGAAUCAGCCCUCUGCUCUAUGAAGGUUGAGAAAAUGGUUAUUCCAGCAAUUGCUGAACUCACAAAAACAUGGACGGCAACUUUUGGCUUCACACCUCUUGAAGAAUCACUCAGGCAAGAAAGGAGGUCAUUGAAUAUGCUAGUCUUCCCUGGUGUAGAUAUGCUGCAGAAGUUGCUGGUGGAGCAAGGAAACUUCGAAGGGGACUCAACUUCCACAGGUGCUGAUAAAAUGGACCAUGGAGAGAAAGUUUAUACUAAUCCAAAAUUGGCUACUAGGUCAUUGGCUAAUUCCUCAUCUCAUCCAGAUCUUGACGGAAACAGUGAUGCUGGUUUGGAUCCUCUUAAUGAGAUAAAAGACGAAUGCAGUGAUGCUUCAUUAGAUCAAAUAAAUCAAGUUUUGUCCGACAAGAUUGCAUGUUCCAAAUCCUGUUCUGAGGAUAGGCUAUCUGACUCAGCUUCAGAUAGAUGUUCUUCUCCCUCUAGUACCAGUCAUGAUGUGCCGGAGAUGGAAAAUAAAGCGGUGGCUUCUCCAUCAAUGAAAGAUAAUUUGCGUAUGUCUGCCAACUGUAAGGGCAAUUCACUGAAUGGCACUUCUAUUGAUAUGUAUCCAUCAGAUGCUCCGGAUGGCCCUGAAAAUUGUACUUUGGUUCAUAGAGCUGCUACUUCUGAUCCUAAUUCAACAAAAAACCUGGUUGAACCUGUUUCUGAUUGGGAAGGUCAUUUGCCUACCGCUAUAAAUGGUGAUUCAUCUGAGCUUGGGAUGAACCUGAUGUUGGAUUCUCAAAUGAUGGAUAAUACUACUUCUUUCAGGGAGGCUGGCAUGAAUAAUUUUCAAGAGGUUCAUGAAGCUGCUCCUUCAGGGAGUUUGUCCGAAGAGGAUGUUACCAACAACAACAUUGAGAAUACAGAUGUGUCAGAUUCUGAACUCAACCAUGCAGACAAGAAUGAAACUGAGUAUGAAGGGGAAAGAAAUUUAUAUGUGGACACCGAAGUUGCUUCAAAAGAAAUGCAAUUUUAUGGAAGUGGAAUUAAUGCAUCCAGUGAUAGUUCUGAGACUGAUUCGGAGUAAGAAUGGCUGAGCUGCCCGUGUGUUUACUUCGCUACUGCUCAUACUUACUAUCUUCACAAGUCUCUCUCGAAGCUGUGAUCCCUUGUAUGCAAUCAAUUUUCAGGGAAGCUAUGCUUCAUGCCUUUGGUCUGGAUAAUUGGGACGAAUUCUAUAGGUUUCAAGGGAAAAUUAACUCAUCCUCUCCUUGCAUCAUGGAUGAGUAUGAAAUUUUCAAGGUUCUAAAUUGAAGUUGGUUUGAUGGUUCUCUUGUCCUUGCCUCGUCUGCCACAGAGAUACAAUAAUGCUUUUGACACAAGAUUUAUGCAUAUGUUCCCAUGGUCAGAUGUAAUUACUCAAGUGUGAUGCGGCCAAGGUAUAUCCUUUUGAGUGUCGUAAUGCUCGUGAUCAUCUCUGAAUUUUGUCCCUAAAUUCAUGAUAUCAGCAGUUGCAGAUGAUCCUUGGAUCAGUUUGUGUUUUGGUUGGUGGCAUAUGAUUCAAUUGGCUUGUCUACCUUUUCAUGGUCAACAGGUGUUUUAAGCUGGAAAAUUUGGGUAUAUAGAGUUUUUAAUUCCUCCCCCUUCUAGCUGGUUUUUGUGGCCUAUUCAGCCUGCCUUGUUUCUGAAUUCAGAAAUUUGGUCUCCAAUUUUUGAUGUGCACAAGUGGCUUUCACCCAACUCACAGGUAUUCAGUUAGCAUCAAAAUGGAAGGCAUAUUUCAUAGGUUUUCGGAAGGAGCCUCAUUGGAUUACCAGUGCAAAGUUCAGUAAAUAAAAUGCAUAUUUUUCUUGCAUAUAGAAUAUCUAGACCUCUUCUUAUAUGGAGGGUUAAUUUUCUGCACUGGUGAGGUUCUUUAUUUUGUUCAUUUUUUUUCCUCUGUAAUUAAGGUUAUGGUUAUUAAUUGUCUUCUCUAUUUUUGGCCUGAGGGUAAAUGUUCAUUGUAAAAACUACAAUUGAGGAGCUCAAAUAAUGUUACUAUGGCUCCAUUUUCAUUUCAUGUGAGUUUCUUUGCUGGUGUUA